GCGAAUUGAUACUUUAUGUGGUUCAGUUGAAAUGAAUUUCCGUUUUGUAAAAUAUGACGAUCAUGGCCUCCUCCACCUUAAAACUGUUGGGGAUGUUUGAUGUCCCCUUUAAGGAUACUUGCCGAUGAUAAGCCAAUGAGUGUAUCCGCUGGAUUUAAAAUUGCAAUCAAGAAACAUGCACCAGAGGCGGUUUAAAUGAAUGAGCCCCUCGCCCCCACCCCCAACACACCCUCGUGUCGGUCUCGUUAUCGUGUCACGUGUCGGCGGAUCCCAGGGUCUCAAUAAUGAACUGGACACUUGGGUAUUGCGUUGCGCAUGCGCAAAGAAAGUGCUUGGGGAUGAGGUGUCGGUCUUGGAGUAGUUGACUUUUAAAAAGCAUUGUCAACCCCUGAUAUGACAACUUCGCUGGUUCUGCAUCCACGCUGGGCGGACACCUUGAUGUAUGUAUAUGAAAAAAGCCUGAAUGAAAGUAAUCCGAAUAAAAACCAAUCCAUGGAGGGACUAAGCGGGAAUUGUCCUGCUACCCACUGCAGGGAACUGAUAUCGCACUCGGCGUUGGGACGACACUCCGGCACCCUAAGCCACCAGGGUUCUGUGUACUCGGACAUACCCUCCCACGACACUGGGCGACAGUGCCCCGCUCCCCAGACUUCCUCCAGCGCCACCCUUGGUUAUGGCUACCCAUUCGGAAGCCCUUAUUACGGGUGUCGGUUGUCACACUCGCACAACGUUAACUUGCAGCAGAAGCAAUGCUCUUACCACCCCGCCGAGAAAUAUGCAGAACCCGGCGCGGCACUGCCCACAGAAGAGCUGUCAAGCCGGGCAAAGGAGUUCGCAUUUUACCCGGGUUUUGCCAGCUCAUACCAGACUGUCCCGGGUUACUUAGACGUGUCGGUGGUUCCCGGUAUCAGUGCGCACCCGGAACCGAGACAUGAAACUUUGAUUCCCAUGGAUGGCUACCAGCACUGGGCUCUAUCUAAUGGCUGGGAUGGACAGGUGUACUGUUCUAAAGAGCAAACACAGUCAACACAUCUCUGGAAGUCGCCCUUCCCAGAUGUCGUCCCUUUGCAACCAGAGGUCAGCAGCUACCGACGAGGCCGCAAAAAGCGAGUUCCUUACACCAAGAUCCAACUGAAGGAGCUGGAGAAAGAGUACGCAGCCAGCAAGUUCAUCACCAAAGACAAGAGACGGCGAAUAUCUGCCACUACUAAUCUCUCCGAACGCCAGGUCACCAUCUGGUUCCAGAACCGGCGGGUGAAGGAGAAGAAAUUCGUCUGUAAAUCUAAAUCAAGCUCUCACAUGCAUGCCACUUGAUUCAGUCCAAUCUCACUGGCAUGGCAACUCAAAUACUUUUUUAUCACUAACGCUCGAUGUUUAUCUAUUGACAUUAUUCUCACCUGGUAUGAUGCAUUUCAAAACACAAACUUAAUCGCACCUCCCUAUUUGGACAUAAACUGGGAGAAAAUACAGAAGAAGAUUUACUAAACCUGG